CCAGGUCAGCUCUGUUCCUGCUGCGCCUCCCCCCACAGGAGGAUGAAGGUGCUCACCGUCACUGUCUCUUUUCUCAUCAUCGCCUCUACCCUCGGGUCCAAGACUGAGCCCUCAUUUGAAGGACCUUACCACCCCACUGAGUGCUGCUUCACCUACAUUACCCGCCGCGUUCCUCGGACCCUAGUGUCUGGUUAUUAUGAGACCAACAGCCAGUGCACCAAGCCUGGAGUUGUCUUCAUCACCAAAAAGGGCUAUGCCUUAUGUGCCAACCCCAGUGAUGACUGGGUCCAGGACUAUAUCAAGGGCCUGGAGGAGAACUGAGUGGCCCAGAAGUAGUAGAGAAGGCCACAGCUUAAAGAGAAGAAGCCAAGGCCCUCUUCCCACUCCCAACUCCAAGUCCCAGCCACCCCCUGGGAGCUGCCCUGCCUCGAAAUAAAAACCACGCAGGCCCAUCCCUGCCUUCAUUCAUUCCUA